CCUCUGCAGCGACUCGGUCAACAACGUGCCCCUUUCUGCCAGCGGGAUCAGAGUAUCAGCCAAAUUCAGAAACCACCAGAGUCAGACUGAGCACCAGCAGCGCGUGAACCACCCGGAGUCGUCCCAGGAAGGUCCCGGAGAUGCCGGAUGCUGCCGCCCACCUGCCCUUCUACUACGGCAGCAUCGCCAGGUCGGAGGCCGAGGAGCACCUGAAGCUGGCGGGGAUGUCGGACGGGCUGUUCCUGCUGCGGCAGUGCCUGCGCAGCCUGGGCGGGUACGUGCUGUCCGUGGUGUUCGACCUGCAGUUCUACCACUACCCCAUCGAGCGCCAGCUGAACGGCACCUACGCCAUCCUGGGGGGCAAGGCCCACUGCGGGCCCGAGGAGCUCUGCGAGUUCUACUCCAAGGACGCCGACGGGCUGUGCUGCCCCCUCCGCAAACCCUGCAACCGGCCCAGCGGGGUGGAGCCCCAGCCCGGGGUGUUCGACAGCAUGAGGGACAACAUGGUGCGGGAGUACGUCCGGCAGACGUGGAAACUGGAGGGGGAUGCACUGGAACAGGCCAUCAUAAGCCAGGCUCCACAGGUGGAGAAGCUGGUUGCCACCACAGCCCAUGAGAGGAUGGCCUGGUACCACGGCAGCAUCACCCGGGACGAGGCUGAACGGAGGCUCUACUCGGGGGCACAGCCUGACGGGAAAUUCCUGCUGAGAGAAAGGAAGGAAAACGGCGCCUACGCCCUGUCCCUUGUCUAUGGCAAGACUGUGUAUCACUACAGGGUGGACCAGGACAAGUCUGGCAAAUACUCCAUCCCUGAGGGCACCAAGUUCGACACACUCUGGCAGCUGGUGGAAUACCUAAAACUCAAACCAGAUGGGCUGAUUUUCUACCUGAAGGAAACCUGUCCCAACCCCAACCUGCCAGCAUCUGCAGCACCAGCUCCACCAACCCACCCCUCUGUGAGCAGAGGGAUGGGGAAGGGCAGGUGGUUCCUAAACAACUGUGUCCCCCGAGAAGGUGCCGGGAAGUCCCGUCUGCUGCCCAUGGACACCAGUGUCUACGAGAGCCCCUACAGUGACCCCGAGGAACUGAAGGACAAGAAACUGUUCCUCAAGAGGGACCACCUGAUGAUUGAUGAAGUGGAGCUGGGGGCAGGAAACUUUGGCUGUGUCAAGAAAGGAGUCUACAAAAUGAGGAAGAAGCAGAUUGAUGUGGCCAUAAAGGUGCUGAAGAGCAACAACGAGAAAACGGUGAAGGAUGAGAUGAUGAAGGAAGCCCAGAUCAUGCACCAGCUGGACAACCCCUACAUCGUCCGCAUGAUCGGGGUCUGCGAGGCAGAGUCCCUGAUGCUGGUGAUGGAAAUGGCUUCUGGAGGGCCCCUCAACAGGUUCUUGGCCUCCAAGAAAGACGAGAUUGCAAUCAGCAAUAUCGUGGAGCUGAUGCACCAAGUGUCCAUGGGGAUGAAGUACUUGGAGGAGAAGAACUUUGUCCACAGGGACCUGGCAGCCAGAAACGUCCUGCUGGUGAACCAGCACUAUGCCAAGAUCAGUGACUUUGGGCUCUCCAAGGCUCUUGGUGCUGAUGACAGUUACUACAAGGCCAGGACAGCAGGGAAGUGGCCCCUCAAGUGGUAUGCCCCCGAGUGCAUCAACUACCACAAGUUCUCCAGCAAGAGCGACGUGUGGAGCUACGGUGUGACCAUGUGGGAGGCCUUCAGCUACGGGCAGAAACCCUACAAGAAAAUGAAGGGCCCAGAGGUGAACAGCUUCAUCGAGCAGGGCAAGCGCCUGGACUGUCCCAGCGACUGCCCCGCAGAGAUGUUCGCCCUCAUGCAGCAGUGCUGGACCUACAGGUGGGAAGAACGUCCAGGAUUUGUAGAAGUGGAAAACACAAUCCGCUCCUACUACUACAGUAUUGCUGCCAAGACAGAAAAUGGGCCACAGACAGAGGACAAGUCCAAAGCAGCCCUUCCCUGAGCUUCCUUCUCUGCUCCUCAACA